AUGCCUUACUUUCCCACGCCCCUCGCCGCCCUCCUGCGCCUCUCCAUCUCCCCAAUCCUGACCAGGCUCCCCAAGAUAUUGGUCCCCGAAUCCCCACAUCCACUUGUAGACACACAAAUGCCUGCUGCCGGCACGGCGCCACAAUUGCACACGUCCCUUACACACACCGACCCAAUCGGGCACCCCUCUGGUCCGAACACGCUUCUCUGGCACCUCACAAGGUUGACGUCGCCGCAACUGUACCGGUUCUUGUCAAAGCAUACUCCGUUGCCCUCAAUCGUCGUCGCGCAAAUGCACCGUGUCGACCCCCCGCUGCCUGACCCGCACAGUCGGUCAAAGUUGCACGUCGAGUCGCAGGGCCGAGAUGCACAUACGCCGUUGAUGCAUUGCCGCCCACUUGUGCACGCAUUGCCGCACCGCCCGCAGUUCAGUGCAUCCGACGUCGUGUCGCGGCACACACCCUCGCAUCGCUCCGCCCCAAGCCCCUCACACGGUUGCCCGCUCGGCGUUGCGCUGCUUGUCGAUGCGCUUGUUGACGUGACUGUCGUUGAAGACGCCGCCGACGUACUCGAUACGGAUGAGGCAAGAGACGAUGACGAUGGCACACUGCUGCUGCUGCUAUUCAAACUAACCGACACACUACUAACCGAAGUCACGCUGCUGCUGCUGAUAGAAGCAGUUGCUGAUGAUGUAAUAUUGUCUGACGAACUUGUAGCCACAAUCGACGAUGAAGACGGGCUACUCGAAGACACCAAAGAGCUCUCAGAAGUAGCAGUUGGGCUGCUCGAAAUGCUGAUCAAACUGCUCGAAGUGCUGGAUGCACUACUUGGGACAACUGACGAGCUGUUCGACGUUGCCGAAGAGCUGCUGGUCGGAACCAUGCUUGUCCCACUCGAACUGCUGGAUAAGCUGCUGGGAGAUGUCGAUGAGCCAGUGCUAGACGCCACACUCGUCGCUGAAGACGACCCACUCAAACUACUAGACGAGCUGUCCGUUGAUACUGAUGCACUGCUAGUAGCUGUCACACUUGUACCUGACGACGUGCCAUUCAAACUGCUUGCUGAACUACUCACUGAGCUGCUCGCCAUGGUCGACGGAACAACUUCGCUUCCAGUGCUAGAUAGACUGCUCAGACUUGUAGGCGAUGAGCUUGGUCCCGUUGCUGUAACACUCGAGCUACUAAAGUUGCUUGUCGCGCUGGCUGAUGUGCUACUAACAAAUGAGCUACUGCUUUUAGUCAAGGACGUGACUGAACUAGACAAGGUGCUGCCUGUGCUGCUAACAGAUGCGCUGCUAACAGAGGCACUGCUUGACCCAGUUGAGGAUGCCGUUGAACUCGAUAAUGCGCUGCUGUCGCUGCUACUAGAUUGUGACGACGAAGUCGAACUAGAUAAUGAGCUGCUUGUGCUGCCAGAAGAGGCCACACUCGACACUGCGCUGCUACUGGACAGUGUUGAAGACGACGAAGCCAAAGUAGACGAUGCAGAAGACACAGAGACACCUGGGCAAGACCCACUGGUGGUCACAAUCGAAGUAAUCGUUGUCGUGGCUGUAUUCGUCACAACCUAG